AUGGGUAUUUGUCCAUCUAGAAAACCUGAACUUGAUCUUAUUGGAUUCUUAUGUCAAUAUUAAGAUGAAGGAUAAAAUAAAAAUAUUAAGCAAUUUAUGGUAAUUACAUAGAAUCCUUAGUAACUAAGAUAAUAAUAUACGAUUAACAAAAAUUACUUAAUAAAAAGAGGGAUAUUGAGUAUUGAUUAGUUGGCUAAUAAUUUAAAUGCUUAAAGAUAGAUAAUGUCUGAAGUUGAAGCUGAAUAAUUUUAAUUAGUCUAUAAUUAUAGAUAAAAAUAAAGUAAACAAUCAUUUUCUGAACUUCCAUAUGGAGAUAAUGGAUAUACAUUUCGAUUUGAAUAUUAAAAUAGAUUACAAUAAGGAAAAAAUGUUUUAGUGAUUGGAGAACAAAGAUCUGGAAAAUCAACUUUUAUUAAUGCAAUUGGAAAUUCACUUCUUAUUGAUUAUCCAGAUAAAUAUAGAUAUCAUAUUUCUGAAUAUGAUUUUAAUGGAAAUAUAUAAGAAUGUGAUUUAGAUUAUUAAAAUAUUUAAUUUAAAUUUUUAGAAGUACAAGGAUAUGGAUAAAAUGAAUAAGAGAAUUAUAAGAUUUUAUUAUAGACAUAUGAACAUCUUAAAAAUAAUAAUAUUUAAAUUCAUUGUAUAUUUAUUUGUAGAAGAUUUAGAAAUUAAGAUUUAAAUAAUUAAGAAAAACAAAUUAUUUUUCAUUUAGCUGAAUUAUUUGGAAGACAAUAUAUAAGAAAAUGUUUUUUAGUUAAUACUAGUUAUGAUUUAGGAAAUUAAAUUUAAGAUUAAUUAUAAAAAGGAUUAAAUAAAAUUAAUAAUAUUUAUGAUUAAAUGCCAAAUCCAAAAAUAUUAUUUAUAAAUUCAAUAACAACACCUUUUGAAGGAAAUGUAGGAAAUCAUAGAUUUGAAACUGUUAAAAAUGUUAGAGAUUCUAUGAAUUAAUUAAUUAAUAAUGAUAAUUAAACAAUUUAAAUUAUUAGUUAAGAUGCAUUUGAUUAAAGAAGAUAAAUUGAAAGAACAUAAAAUUAAAUUAAAAAUUAAAUUUAAAUACGUUUAAUGGAAUUAUUACCUUGUUUAGAAAAUUAUUUUUAAAUUGAAGAAGUUGAUGAAAAUGAUCAAUUAUUAUAUGCAAAUACGGUUUUUUGGAGUAUUUUAGAGAAUGGACAACGAAUUAAAGAAAAUAAAGAAUUAAAAUUUAUUUUAGAUGAAAUUAUUUUAUCUGAAAAUAAAAUUUCACAGAUUCAACCAGACGUAAGAUAAUAAUCAACAUAAUAAUUAAUAAAUUCUCAAACUAUUGAUUUUGAUAGAUAAUCAAGAAGAUUAUAAGAAAACAUUUAUUAAGAAAAAUAUAAAUAAUUGAGAAAUAACUUACGUCAAGAGAAAACUAAUAGAAUUUAAAAUAUUAUUACUUUAGCUGAAGAUUAUAUUGCAACAUAAAAUCAUUAUUUAGAAGAAACUUAUUGUCUUCAAUAAGAAACUAUUUAACUAUUAAUUGCCAGAUAUAUAAAGCAAAAUGAUCAAUUAAGAUUAUUUUUAUAAUAAGAUUAACUAUUUGAAUAAGAACAUUUAAGAACUGAAUUUGAACAAAUAAGAGAAAGACUUUUUUUACCAAAUACAAAUCUCUUAGCAACAGAAAUCCUUGGAAUAUGA